CAAACAACCUUUCACCUGUCUGGGAGACAGAGCUCCUCCCCACUUGUUCUACAGCCACUUCUGUAUUUUGGACUUUCAGUGUCAGUCACAUUGUUUGAACUAGAUAGAGGAGUAGAGACUGGCCGGAGACCCUUGACACAACAGCACAACAGCCCAAAGCCGAUCACUUUAACAAAAUGAGUAACAGUCCUCUUCUUGUGAAUGUGGAAAAAUGGAUUGCACUGAACCAGAAUGAUUUUCUGCCGCCAGUGUGCAACAAGCUCAUGCACUUUCUUCAGCUGAAUAUCAUGUUUGUCGGAGGUCCAAACAGCAGGAAGGAUUAUCACAUAGAAGAAGGAGAGGAGUUGUUCUACCAGCUGAAGGGAGACAUGUGUCUGAAAGUGAUUGAAAACGGCAAACACAAGGAUGUGCACAUCAGAGAGGGAGAGAUGUUCCUGCUGCCGGCUCGGAUACCCCACUCCCCACAGAGACAGGCCAACACUGUGGGGCUGGUGGUGGAGAGGAGACGACUGCUGACUGAGACUGACUGCUUGAGGUACCAUGUGGAAAACACCACUGACAUCCUGUUUGAGAAAUGGUUUUAUUGUCAGAAUCUUGGAACCCAACUGGUGCCAAUAAUCAAAGAAUUCUUUUUAACAGACCAGUACAAAACAGGAAAACCUGAUUCGGAUGAAGUCUUCAGGCAGCCUCCCUUCCAGAUGAACACCAUGAACGUGAUGUCGCCUUUCAGUUUCAAAGACUGGCUGGACAAGCAGAGGCCGUCGCUGGCCAGUGGCAGGCCCGUCGACAUGUUUGGAGCUCAGUUUGAGACAGAGGCGAUGGUGUUUGGACCUGGCCUGACAGAGACAACAGUACCACAGAGUGACGUGUGGAUUUGGCAGAUGGAAGGAUCCUCUAAAGUGACCAUGAAUGAGCAGGAGUUAACUCUUACUGCAGGAGACAGUUUACUUAUUCCUGAACAGAGCCAGUACCAGUGGCAGAGAGAGGACGGGACUGUUGCCCUGUUGGUGGUUCAAAACCCUGAGCGGAAGAGACCAUGACCUGCCAAUUCACAAACACCCAUUAAAUACACAUAAGACUUCAUAGGAGGGGAGCAAAACCCUUAUUCAUUAUAAAUACAUGUGAUUGGACAGGAACAACUAGAUAUUUCAGUAGAACAUGAUGUAGAUUGUGUUACUUCAUGUUCAACCAUGUAAAUCAUGCAUUCAUGUGUUUCUAUAUGAACCUUGACCCGUCUGAGAGUUAAUAGUCACAAGAAGUUAUUGCAACUGAAACGUUGUUGCGGUUCAAAGGUUUUAAAACACCUCAGUUUUUGCUACAUACUCUUAUAUACAUCCACAUGUUAUUUUUCUCAAUGUACAGAAGCAAUAGAACAAAUAAACAGAUUGUGAUUUAAAUAAAAAAUGUGAUUAAAAAAGCCACAACACUGUUAAACAAGUUCCAACAUGUGUUUUGCGCUUGUAGUUUGAUUUGCGUUCACCUUUAGUCCAGUUCUUCCUAAAGAAGCUCCAUGAGGUCCAUGCCUGGACACUGAGCUGCUGUUCAUCAUGUGAAGCAUCCAUCCGUUUGUCUUCAAAUGUUUUCUGUCAGUAUGUUGCUGUAGAAUUAAGCUCUGACUAGAAAUAAACAACAGUACUUAUCACACA